CGUGGGUGAGUCCUGAGGAGCUCAAGAGUCGAACGUCAUCCGUCCGUCAGAGCACGAUUUUCAUUAGGUUAGGGGACCCUUUUCUAUGGCAACAUCAUUUGGACGCUACGAUGAUCGUCGUCGGCAGGCUGCACAGAGUGGACGCAAACACUGUUACACGAUGGCAUCCAAUGAAGAUAAUGCACCUACACCACAAACUGAAGUAAAACAGGCAGAAAAUGAUUCUAGGCCUACAUCAAGGGCCAAGAGUGGAACACUGAAACCACAAGGUGGUGAAAAUGUACCUUCCAGACAGGGUAGUGCAAAAGCUUCAAAGCCUUCAAAAGGCAAGAAGACUUCACAAAGCAAAGGGAAAGCUAAGAAAACAGAAGUGGAAGAUCAACCUUCAAAAGAUGCAGCUGAAGAUAAAGAUAGCCUUCCUGAAAAUGUCAUCCCAAUCUUCCUCUCAUCUAAAAGUCAAGAAAUAUUUCACUGUGCAACUGACGAGGAAGUAACUAUGGAGGAUCCUUUCAAAUUGAUUUCAAAGGAAGACAUUAUCCAAGAUCUGAAGAUGAGGGCAGGUGUCUGUGACUUUGCACCAAUAAAGCAAAAAAUUCUGGAAACAUCCUUGUAAUAAAUUUACCCAGUAUGCACCAAGGCAAUUUGAUGAAGAAGAGAAAAAUAAACAUCUCCAGUCUCAUCAAUUGAAGAAUUUUAUACAGAAUGUGACCCCAAGAUUUCAGUUGGCACUGCAGCAGAAUGAGAUUAUGGAUGUGUUCAAUAAUGACUGGACAGUAUUAGCGGAUGAAGACAGCUCAUUUGGUAGCAAGUCUGAUAAUCAUCUUAAGGAAUAUCAGUCAUUUACAGAUAUGCAGUUCAGCAAGGAGAAGACAAUAACGUCAAUAGAAUGGCAUCCCAGUAUCAAGGGUGUAAUAGCAGUAGCAUGUGCAGAGAGAAUGUUGUUUGAUGAACGUAUUGAUAAUGCGUCAAAGGUGCUGAUGGCACCUUCUUUAAUCCUCAUCUGGAGCUUUAGUGAUCCCAUCCAUCCACAGAUUUUAUUAGAAGCUCCAGAUGAUAUUUUCUGUUUCAAGUUCAAUCCCACUGACUCUAAUGUGAUUGCAGGAGGUUGUAUCAAUGGUCAGGUGGUCUUGUGGGAUAUUUCAAAGCAUGUUGACCGUCUAAAAAAUAGUCAACGAGGAAAGCAACCCAAGAAGAACACCAUGACUAGCUUGCCUGGAUUUGAAGAUGAGAAUACAGAUAAGACGCCCAUCAUUCGCUACUGUGCUGUGUCAGCCAUUGAGCACAGCCACAAGACGGCAAUUGCAGACAUCCAGUGGGUACCCGAUCACAUUGAGCUCACAAGAAUGGGAAUCUUAUGUGAAAAUAGACAACAAAUAUGCUGCCAAAUACUUACUGCUUCUACAGAUGGCACUGUUGCAAUAUGGGAUACUAGACCACCAAAGGGAGCAGCACCAGUUGAUGAUAAUAAAUCUAAUGGACCUCUUGGUGUGCCAUCAACAUUCAAACAUAUUGAUUUAACUUGGAAACCUGUUAUUAAAAUUCCAAUAAGCCGCAUCGAAGGAAACGGUGAUUAUGCAGUCACAUGUGUCAGUAUUCAGGAAAGACAAGGAGACAGAACCAUCCUGGAGAAGCAGUCUCGAGACAUAGAAAAGCGUGAAAGUAACACUGGCAUAGGGUCAUCUAUGAGAGGAGGAUCAGCAAAAGAGAAGAAACCACUAGAGGGCGCCACAAGCAAAUUCUUUGUUGGCACUGAGGAUGGAGAACUAGUUUAUGCUGAUUGGAAGUUAGAAAAAGAUGUUGAUUCAGGACGACUCCAGCCUCCCAAGCCUGAGUUUGCUAAACUCUUCCAUGACCAGUGUAUUACCACACUCCAGAGAUCACCAUUUUUCAAGGAAUAUCUUCUGAUUGUUGGAGGAUGGAACUUCUCUAUAUGGAAGGAAGGAGAGAUGAGCGAGCCAUUACUCUGCUCGGCUGCAUCUGCUAAGAAACUGACAGCAGGCUUUUGGUCCCCUUCUAGACCUUCCGUUUUCUAUAUCGCCAGAGCAGAUGGCAACAUUGAUGUUUGGGACCUUUUGGAUAGAACGCAUGAGCCAUCUCUGUCCCAGAAUAUCUCUGCAGCUUCCAUUACAUCUAUCUUUCCAUGGGUUGUUAACAGUAAGCAGCAGUUACUUGGUGUGGCAGACAGUGUUGGGACACUACACAUCUUAGAAGUUCCAUGGACUCUCAGACAUGCGCCCUCUGGGGAGUUCAAUAGCACACUCAAUUACUUGGAACGCGAGGUAAAGCGACUGAAUUACGUGAUAACUCGACAAGAAUUCAGACUUCAAGAUAAGAGACGGAUUGAUGCUGAAGAAGCAGAGAAAAAGCUUGCGAAGCCAGUUGAGCCUUCAAUUGAUGACAAAGAGAACAAACAGCGAAUGCAGUUCCUGGAUUAUAAGGAUGAAGAAAAGAAGUUUCUUCAAGAACUAGGUCUCUGGCAGGAACCCGAAGAACCACUACCAGAAACGUAGUUUGAAUUGAAUGGCGAGGUUGAAUGAUGUUGAAAUAAAUGCAUAAUCUAAAAGACCGAUAAAACCUACAAUACCGCAGCUGUUUCAAACUUGUUAAUACUAGUGGCAGGUGUUUUUUUUUUACAGCUUACCGAUGGACUACUGGCCAAAUAGACUUCAUUGACAGAUGUUUAUCUUUAGUUGUCAGUUUACCAACGUUGCAAACUUAUUACUGUAUUAAUACAGAUGUACUGUCUUUCAUUAGCUAAAAAAAAUUGGAAAAUCAAAUUCCAUAUUUCAAUUGCCUAAUUUGUAUAAAGUAGGUUUUAACUUGUAAUGAAAAACUUGAAUAAGAAAAACAAUGUUUAAUUUAACAGACAAUGAAAUUUCUCCUUCCCUGUAUUAGGCCCCGAAGUUAGCUGAUAAUUUAAAGAUUUUUGUAAGAACUUGAAGAGGUUUCACCCUGACAACAUGGCUUCAUCAAUUUUGCAUGGCCAUAAGAGCCUACAAUAUUAAGAAUCCAUUCUGAGGUGUGCAGUAAAUAUGUACAAAAAACAUUUGCAUUGGUUUCUUGUGGAGGCCAUUUUAUUGACUAAAACUUGUAUUAUUAUUUGCUUUGUAAUAUCACAGAAUACAUGCGAUAAAUUUUGUUUAUGAAUAUACUUGUAUAGAUAUGUACAUUAAAUAUUUUUGCCCUAUAGAGCUAGUAAUAUGGUUGUGAAUAUUAAAUUUAGUGGCAAAUUAAACCCAUUCUGAUUU